AUGGCAAGUCGAAAGACGAAGAAGUUAGCGGAGGAUAAGCUGAUUCUCAAGCGGGUGUUGGCAACACGAGAUGUGGUGGAAGGGUUCGUGGAGCAGUACGACCAUGAACGGGACGUCGGUGAAGUUGCUGUGCGAUUGGAGACGCUCAACAGGACAAACAGGGAGUUCCUGCAUAUCCAGUCCGAGAUCGAGAAGCUAGACUCAGAGGAGAACUUCGACCAACACAUGACGGUGCGGAACGAUUUCGAGAAUCGCUUCUGCAGGUUGAAGGCCUUUCUACUCGCCAAGAAAUCGACGGAGCGGAGCCAACCGCUUCUGAAUUCAACAAUGGCGUCAUCAACCUUCGGAUCGCUGCAUAACGCAAGCAGUUUCCAUCAUCGUUUGCCGAAAAUCGAUCUGCCGAAAUUCUCUGGAGACGAAUCACGCUGGAUUUCGUUUCGAGACAACUUCUUAUCCAUGAUCCACGGGAAUGUGGACAUCCCAGCGGUGAACAAGUUGCAAUACCUACUGCAAUCGUUGGAAGGAGAUGCCAAGAAGCCGUUUGAGAGUGUCGACAUCCAAGCGGACAACUACGCUUCAACCUGGGACGCGCUCAUGAAGCGAUACGACAACAAGCGGUUUUUGCGGAAAGAGUUGUUCCGACGGUUGUUCGAACUUUCAUCGAUGAAGCGCGAGUCAGCACAGGAGCUGAACACUUUGGUGGAUGAUUUCCAGCGGCACGUGAAGGCUCUGGGGAAACUCGGUGAACCAAUUCAACAUUGGAACACCCCGCUGUCAUUCAUCCUCUGCAACAAGCUCGAUCCCUAUACGUUGCGUGCAUGGGAGCAGGAAACUCGACAGAAAGACGAUGUCAAGUAUGAUGAACUGAUCGAGUUUCUCACACAACAAGUCCGCAUGCUGAAGUCAGUAGCGAGUGAUCUCCAGUAUCGUUCCCAAGGGCCCAGCAUCAAGGUGGCCGGCCCGACUCCGAAGAUAACCACCACAGUCAAGUCCAUCGUCAACAGUGCUACCAAUGAACCCAUGUCGGAUGCUCCGCCAUGCUACGCCUGCUCACAGAAGCACCAGCUGUUUCAAUGUCCGACGUUUGCCAACCUGUCUGUCGUGCAGCGUCGUGAGUUGAUCUCACAGCGAAGUUUGUGUUGGAACUGUUUCCGACCGAACCACCAAGCGAAGGUGUGCAAAUCCAAGUUUUCAUGCAGAACGUGCCACGCCAAGCACCAUACGUUGCUGCACGACCAAGCAGCCCUUCAAGAGCCUACGCUGAACCCGGUCGGCUUGUCGAAUAACUCUACGCUGCACCCGAUUCCAACCACGUCAGCGAACGUGGGGACCGAUGGAUUGUCGAAUCCACCCCAAGUGAACCUCUCCGUUCAGUCAAGCAGAAGCACGGUCCUACUGGAAACGGUUGUCCUCUCCAUCGUCGACAAGCACGGCAAGGAAAUCACCGCCCGAGCACUCCUCGAUUCUGCUGCGAUGUCAAACUUCAUCACCAAGAAGCUGGCAAACGCUCUUGCCACCCGUCAAGCCGUUGUAGAUGUUGCAGUAGCAGGAAUUGGAGAAACCACGAAGCAGAUCAAGCGGCAGAUCUCCGCAACGAUCAAAUCCCGAAUCACGCCCUUCUCCACCACACUCGAAUUCCUAGUCAUGAAGAAGCCCACAGCCAAUAUACCCACAACCGCCAUCAAUUCCGCAUCGUGGAACUUGCCAAAGGUUCCGCUGGCCGAUCCAAACUUUAACGUUCCGGGCAUGAUCGACAUCGUCAUCGGCGGUGAAUGUUACCAGGAAAUCCACACAGGUAACCGUCUAUCAAUCGGAAACGGUCUACCUUUCCUGGUUGACACCCGCUUUGGAUGGACAGUAUCUGGAAAAACUGUCAUAAAUUCCUCCGUUGCACCACCGGUAUGCUACCUGUCGACUGUCGACCGGUCCCUAGAAACAGCGCUUCAGAAGUUCGAAGCCGUCGAUCAUGGCCCCAUGAAUUCCACCGAAGAAAAACGAUGCGAAGAAAUCAAUGCCAAUACUACCACCCGAACUCACUCCGGAAGGUACGUCGUCCGCCUUCCUCGGUCCGAAGAUCCGCAAGUCACCCUCGGCAACUCUCGCACGAUUACCACUCAACGCUCCAAUAGCCUCGAGAGACGCCUAGAGAAAGAUUCCGCCUUGAAGCAAACAUGCCACGAGUUCAUCGACGAAUAUCUCCACUUCGACCACAAUGUCGUUGAUAACCAUACCCAAGUGCGGGACAGGCCACUUCCACCAAAGCUACAAGAUGAAUGGAAGAGAACCGAGCUCCACAUGUCACCCGACGCGGUUGUAGCAGCAAACAGUGUGUCAACGAUUCAGUCAAAUACCGAAGGAUAUUCCCGAAACCACGUCCCCGGGACUAACAAUCCAGCCGAUGAGCUAUCACACGGCCUGAAGCCUACCAAACUACCAAACCAAUUUCGAAGGAGGAACGGUCCAGCAUGGCUCUCUGAAUUGCCAAGUCAGUGGCACCACGCAAGCGUCCCAAAUGAAGAAUCCCCAUCGACUGCCGAAGAAGCACGCAAGAUCCCGAAUAGAAAUUUUAAUGUAGAAAACAUCAGCACACAUCUAUAA